GGGAUGCUUCAGCAAGUGCAAAAGUGUGUCUUUCUUUCCUCCAUAGAUAGCUGGAGGAGCCCUUGCUGCCCUUGAUAGAACGCUAGUGGCGAUGUCCUUCAACGUCUUCCUGCUGGGCUGCAUCAGCAAGUGCAAGUCCGGGCUCAAGGACAUGCUGGAGUGGCGCGGGUUCCACUUCCUAGGCCGCGUGUCGUACUGCGUGUUCCUGGUGCACUUCAUCGUGCUGCGGCUGACCGUCGCCGGCUCCACGCAGCUCGUGCACACCUCCAUCUCCGCAAUGAUAAACCUCCUUAUAUCAGUAACAGUGCUAUCCUACCUGGUGGCCAUCCCAUACUGCCUGGUCAUCGAGCUGCCAGCCCUCCAAUUGUGGAAGGCAAUCUUCGAGGAGGACCGGACUGAGAGGAGGCCACAGGAACCAUCUAACCAGCCAGCACCAGCUAUCAAGCCUCUGGACUUGGUCGCUAACAUCAGAAGGAGGCAGGAGGUUUAAUAUUUAAGUACUGUAAAUAGAACAGGUGUGACUUCAGGAGUCCUUGAGUUAGCCUGCGCCUGCUAUCAAGGAAGGAGGAGACAGGAGGUUUAAAAUUAAAAUUUGUACUGUAAAUAGAACAGGAGUGAGAGGAGGCUUCAGGACUCAGUGAACUAGCCCGCACCAGCUAUCAAGCCCCUGGUCGCUAACAUCAGGAAGAGGCAGGAGGUUUAAAGUUUAAGUACUGUAAAUAGAACAGGUGUGACUUCAGGUGUCCUUGGGUUAGCCUGCGCCUGCUAUCAAGGAAGGAGGAGACAGGAGGUUUAAAAUUAAAAUUUGUACUGUAAAUAGAACAGGAGUGAGAGGAGGCUUCAGGACUCAGCGAACUAGCCCGCACCAGCUAUCAAGCCCCUGGACUUGGUCGCUAACAUCAGGAGGCGACAGGAGGUUUAAAGUUUUAAGUACUAUAAACAGAAC